CUUUGUUGUCAAUUUUUGUUUGUUGCUGCUUCCAUUUAAUAUUCUUCCGAUUUACACCAAUUUUACUCUGAUAUUACUAACAAACAACACCAAUAAAACUUUAGCAACAAUUCCGUCUAUGUAUACCAGUUGGAUAAGUCAACACAAGUGAGAAAACCGCGAAAAUGCUAGCGGUACUGCUUCUGAACAGGAUGAGUAUGAAACGGCGAACAGCUCGCAAACAAAGGCUAGCAAAACCUGCAAAAGUAGACGUGGUAGUGCCUGAAGUCUUUGUCUGCAGGACCUGCUUAAGCCCUGACAAUUUGGAGAGCAUAUUUGUUAAUAAAGACAGCGAAAAGAAAAGGUCGCACAAUCUGAAGCUGGUCACCGGUUUAGAGAUCAAAAUGAAUGAUGGUCUCUCCCAAAAAAUAUGCAGCAAAUGCAUAGAAUCCAUGAACACAGCUCUACAGUUUAGAAGAACAAGCAGAAAGGCGGAAAAAUCCUUACUCAACAGCGUAACCGGUAAAAAGAGCAAGAAAAAAUACAAACUGCGCAAAAAAGUGGUGAAAACAAAACUUAAAGAGGCAAAACAGGAGAAAUUAGAUAGUGAUUUAGACGUAGGCAAUGACUUCCAGAACGAUGACUAUGGGAUGGGUGGCGAUGAUAGUUUUCAGGAUUAUAACUAUCAGAAUAAUGAGUAUCAUGAUGAUGAUGACAAUUUUGUACCUGUUAAAGAAGAGGUGACAGAAACUAAGGCUGAUACAAAACCAGAAAAGAAGAAGAGGCCAGCGAUACCGAACGCACCAUCGUACAAGUGUGGGACAUGCAACAAGGAGUUCCGGAUGAAGGCCACGUACCAGUCGCAUAUGCGGUUCCACACCAACUACUGUGUUUGCGAGGCGUGCGGCAAGCGCUGUCGGAAUAACAACCAACUGCAGGAACAUAAGCGCGCGCGCCACGGGUUAGGGCGCAUCCACAAGUGUGCGUAUUGCGAGUACAGCGCUGCUACUAAAGAGGCUCUUACAAUCCACGAGCGGCGCCACACGGGCGAGCGGCCGUACGUAUGUGAUCACUGCGGCGCCACCUUCCACCGCCGGUCUAAUCUGGUACAACACAUCGCCAUACACUUGCCGGAGAAGAACUUUCAGUGCAGCAUGUGCGACAAGCGCGAAAAGUCCAAGAAGCUCCUCCAAGUCCACCAAUACAAGGUGCAUCGUCAGAAACCGUACAAAUACGUGUGCCCUGUCUGCCGGGACGUGUUCUCGAGGCCAGGGAACGUGAGACAGCAUCUUACGAGAAGCCAUGGGGUGUUGAGGAUCGACCAGGGGAAAAUUGAGAGAUUAGAGGUACAGUCAUCCGUGCUUCCAGAAAUAAUAAAUCAUAAGUUAGAUUAUGUAACCACAUGAUAUUAAUUGUAGCAUUUAUUGGUUAGUAUUUUUGCAUUUAAAAUAUGAAACCAUAAUUUUUCAGUUGAAAAAAUGUACUCUAUAGGUCUAGCCAUUGGUUCCCAAAGUGGGGGGCGCAAAGACCUUAAUAGGGGGGCGCGGGCAAUCUGUAAGAAUACGACCGCUGAGAGAAUGCAUUCCAGACUGCUCGAUACGACCAAUAAAUAAUCUUGACUGGAGGAGGGGGAGCGGAA